AUCGUGAGAAGAGAGAGAGAGAGCGGUUCUUCAAAGUAUGGAAGAACAAACCUCUGCCUUCUGCCUCACCCAAGGGCCACCCCCGCCCGCCCUUCCUCUCUCCACAGGUCAAACACUCAGCAUACAAAUCCCACCACACUACAUGCAUAUAUCACCACGUCCAAUUUCCCACCUGCUAUCAGGGGAGGAAGAGAGAGAGACCAAUUUGAGGCGUUGCCCCCUUGCAGAGAACCAAGGAAUAAGAGAGAGAAGUAAAAGGAGACGAGUAGAGAGAGAACCAUGUAUCACUCUCUACAAUUCCUCUGCCAAGCUAAGCCCCCAAUCAAAUCCGAAUGGAAGGUGCAGGCCUCGACGGCACCUGUGAGGGUCCCUGCUUCUGCAUCAGAGGUUGAGUUGGAAAGGUUGGAGCCGAGGGUGGAGAAGAGGGACGGAUAUUGGGUCCUCAAGGAAAAAUUUAGGCAGGGCCUCAACCCCGCAGAGAAGGUGAAGUUGGACAAGGAACCAAUGAAGCUGUUCAUGGAGAAUGGGAUCGAUGAGCUUUCGAAGAUGUCGAUGGAGGAGAUUGACGCCUCCAAGUUACACAAGGACGAUAUCGAUGUCAGGCUCAAAUGGCUCGGUCUCUUCCACCGCAGGAAGCAUCAGUAUGGCCGGUUCAUGAUGAGGCUGAAGCUUCCGAAUGGGGUGACCACAAGUGAGCAGACACGAUACCUGGCGGAGGUGGUGGGCAAGUAUGGGAAAGAGGGUUGCGCAGAUGUAACCACCAGGCAGAACUGGCAGAUACGAGGGGUGGUGCUGGAGGACGUUCCUGACGUACUUGAGGGGUUGCGAGGCGUUGGAUUGUCGAGCCUGCAGAGCGGAAUGGACAAUGUGCGAAACCCAGUCGGGAAUCCACUGGCAGGUUUUGAUCCUCAUGAGAUUGUUGACACCCGCCCUUACACCAAGCUCCUCACUGACUUCAUAAUUGCCAAUGACCAAGGCAACCCUGCUAUUACCAACCUGCCACGGAAAUGGAAUGUUUGUGUGGUUGGUUCACAUGAUCUGUUUGAGCACCCCCACAUCAAUGAUCUUGCAUACAUACCAGCAACAAAGAAUGGACGGUUUGGAUUCAAUCUACUGGUGGGAGGCUUCUUUAGCCCAAAACGAUGUGCCGAGGCAGUGCCCCUUGAUGCGUGGGUCCCAGAAGAGGAUGUCGUGCCUUUGUGCAGAGCCAUGUUGGAGGCAUAUCGUGAUCUUGGCACCAGAGGGAAUCGGCAAAAGACAAGAAUGAUGUGGCUCAUUGAUGAACUUGGGAUUGAGGCAUUCAGGGCAGAGGUAGCCGAGAGGAUGCCGAGAGGAGAGAGUGCACUCGAGAGAGCAGCUGAGAAGGACCUAGUGGAGCCCACCUGGUCCCGAAGAGACUACUUUGGUCCCCAUCCCCAAAAACAAAGCGGUCUCAACUAUGUGGGUCUAUAUGUGCCAGUUGGCCGACUCCAAGCCCCAGACAUGCUCGAGCUGGCGCGCAUCGCUGAAACUUAUGGCUCUGGAGAAUUACGUCUCACUGUUGAGCAAAAUAUCAUCAUCCCCAACGUCCCCGACUCAAAGUUAGAUGCCCUCCUAAAUGAACUGCUAGUGCAAACCAAGCUUAGUCCAAGUCCAGGUCGCCUAACUGCUGGGCUAGUGGCCUGUACAGGAAGCCAAUUUUGCGGUCAAGCAAUAAUAGAGACGAAAGCUCGGGCUCUGCAAAUCACAAAAGAGUUAGAGCGUCAUGUGGAGGUGGAUCAGCCUAUCCGGAUGCAUUGGACGGGGUGCCCAAAUAGUUGUGGACAGGUUCAGGUGGCUGAUAUUGGGUUCAUGGGGUGCAUGACAAGGGAUGAGAACAAGAAGAUGGUGGAGGGGGUGGACAUCUAUCUGGGUGGGAGGGUGGGGGCCGAUUCCCACCUUGGGGAUUUGAUUAGGAAAGGGGUGCCUUGCAAGGAUUUGGUUCCCAUUGUGGAGGAGAUAUUGAUCCAACAUUUUGGUGCUAAGAAGAGAGAAGCCAAUUGAUUCACAUUAGGCACCCCCCCUCCUCUCUCUCUAUGCCAAUUGAUGUACGCUAGGGACUCUCUUUUUCUAACUUUUGGUCCUCAAGAAGCUAAGUAGUGGGGUGUGUUACUCUCUCCACUGUCAAUUCCCCAGUCUCAACAGUGAAUGGUAUGAAAUUGGGGAAGAGGCCUGAAAAUUUUGAAUGUGGGGAAGAAGCAGAUGAGACCCUUUCCUUCAAUGAACCUUGAGUUUUAGUAUUGCGCGGCAUCAGGUAUUUUUAAGCGCCGGCGUCUUUGUUUGGCUUACGAUCGUAUUCAAGUUUUUAUUUAGUGGCAACUUGCUGAUUCCGCUUGUAAUUAUGAAACAAAUAACUCGAAAUAAAAUCUUACGUUACUUUUUAAAA